CCAGAUUCAUAGUGUUAUGCAGCCCAGGCCUAUCUAGGAAGGCUGGGCAUAAAUAGUUUGCUCACAGCAUCACAUGAUGACGUGGGCAACAUAAACACUUAAACUCUGUGGAUUAAAGUUAAUAGUAAUCAAAACUAAUUUCACCACGAAAGGAAGUGCAAUCGAAAUGAAUGAAGAAGACAAGGUCAUUCCAGUGAGUUAAUAAAAUGACAAGGUGUUGCCUGUCAGCGUUGUAGACUACUGCCUCACAAGCCCGGGCUUUAGUGGCACUGGCAUACGCGCUUGCCUCUGCACUGAAGGAGCCACCGAACGCGUCCGCGUUGCAGCUCUCACUUUCUCCCGCUACAGUAUGUCCUACAAUGACAUAUUUGGUGGGGAUUUGCAGCCAACAAUAGGAUUGGAUUGGGACUAAAUCAAUGAAUAAAACGAUAUUGAAAUGAAUAUUAUUAACAAAUAUUUCCCAGAAGAUUUUGGGUUCAACCUAAGGCUGACUAGGACAGAUCAAUCAACUUGAUCCGACACAGUCAGCCUACAUGUCAUACGUAAGUAAACCCACAAGAGAGACAAUAUUGCAAAGGCAGGAAGGACCAUGUUCGAUGGAAGGCGUAGGGGUAGGCAAUCGAAAACGUUUGACGGGGAAAUUUCUGUCAAUAUUAGCUAGUCCUACUGAGUGGGCAAGUAACCUUUCCCGCGCUCUUCCUAAAAAUACUAUUUGUGAUGUCAUAAAGGUCUAACGUUCCAUGACGUAGCAUGUAGCCCUAAAUUACAGUCCCUGCCUGCAAUAUUGUCCUCACUCUCGACCUGAACUCAACUUGAAUGUAACCAACACAGACAAGGACAUGCUUUUUGAGAUAUAAAAUAGCUUGAAUGGAUGAAGAAAAGGUCAGCUAAAUUACUUCAUACAAUAUUGGGGGAAAGUAAAAAAGGGUAAAGCAAUAUAAGCGGAUAUUUCUUGUAAAAAGCUAUAACAUAUUGUAAAGCAAAUGUACCAUUCUUUAUAAAGUCACCAGCUUAGCUCUGAAAUGGCUGUAGCUCUAUUUAUGAUGUCCUCUGCACAGAUCUACUCUGACAUUGACAUAUUAUUACUUAUUGGAAUGUCUGACCUUCAGGUAGCACAGAGGGAGGAUGGUGAUCCUCAGAGGGAAGGAAAGGAAGUUGUUGAGGAAGAACCGGUGGCCACGCCCAAAGAGGAGGCCAAGAAGGGAAGGAAGGCAAAAAGUAAGAGGAGUGGCAAGAAGUCAAGGAAGCUGGGCACUGACAACGAUGCAGUCUCCAGGAAUAAACACCUGGAUAGAGGAUCUGUAAUUGAGCUCCUGGAGAAGAAAGCUGUUAAGGCUGCAUUCGGCCCAGGCAACAAGGAUGAAAUGGAAUACUCCUACCCAAUCCUCAUCUCAUUCCUGCGCAAUCUUACUGAUGAGCAGUGGCAAGUGAUCUACAAAGGACUAAAAAACCCUAUGACGAAGGAACAGCUUGCCAAAUUGUGCAAGACAAUUGUAACCUUCAUCGCACAGACCACCCUGCAGAUCCUGCUGCCAGCCCUGGCCCGCGUACUUGGGGUAAAGGACUUUGCUGACGACGACACUGACUCACCCAAGAGGGGUGGCAGUGCAAGAUCCUUUGCUGCCUUUGAUCAGGAAAGACUGGAGCUCAUCCAGGAAGUUAGAUAUCUGGCGAAGAAAAUGUAUAAGGGCGGCACAGGGGCUCAACAUCUCAGGUCCCUAACACCCUCUUCUAAGAGUUCCCAGACCUCAGUGAAAGUCCACCUGGGAAUGACAGAGGACAGAAUCAUCAAAAGUGUCCAGGAGCAACUGUCUGAUCAUAAUAUCCUGUCCUCUUGCCCACCUGAGCUGACUGUUGGUCUUAUCAAGGUGGUGGUCGAACAGCUUAACUCUGCCCUCUCUGCGACCAUCAGCAGAGCCAUUUCAGGGCAGUCCUCCCCUAUUUCUUCUGGUAACCAGGCCGCUGAACAAAUGGUCAACAUGGUCCAGAAAUGUUUUGAUGAUCACGCCACUCCAGAGGACCAGAGCUCCACCUCUGUAUUAGAGUCAUGCAUUCCACCUGCAACAGAAGAGGUGAUGACUGUUAUUGCAGAGAUGGUGGGUGAAUUGGAAAAAAAAGAUCCGGAAUUGGUUAACGUUUUUCGAGAAGUGGCUGUGAAAGUUAAAAUGUUGGCAUCUGGCAGUGACCUUGUAGUGGAGCACCUGGAUGUUGAAGACGACUCUCCUGUUCCAGAGGAGCUGAACAUAAUAUGUACAUCUUGCAAAGCAAUGAUGCAAAAUCUUGGCACUCUGUUUAGUGUGAAGUUCAAGACCAAAGCUUCAAAGGCUGUGAGUGAAAUUCUUGUGAGAAGGUUAAUGAGCGAUAUCUCUGGUAUGGUUCAACCUUCUCAUUCGUUUAGUACCACUCCAAGCUUGAUGAAUGCAUCUCGCCCAUCUGACAGGAUCCUUGAUUCUGCGGCCACUGAGCUCAUACAGACCAAAGUAGAAUCUGAGGCAUCAAAAAUAAUUGAUAACUUUGUUGAAGAUGUCAAGGACAUUGUGCAGUAUGCUGAAUUAGAUCAGCCAACAAGCACCCAGAGAGAUGCCCAAGUGGGACACUGUACGACAAAGCAGAAACCCUUCCAUGCAGCUCGUAGACUCUGCGAGAGACUUCAGGCAAAGCUGGAGACAUUGUUCCUCAGAAUGGGUGGAGCUCCAGUCCAAGGGGAAGAACUUAUGGAAAAAGCUGACUCCAGUGCUGUGCUUCUGGAACAUAAUGACUCCAGUGAUCUGCCUGUUUCAAUCCUGAGCUUGCCUUCCCCAUGUAGGAGUGAAUCCCCUAUAUCAGAACGUAGUUCAUCUUCUUUAUCUGAUGGAUGUGAUUCAACUGACUCUGUAGGAGAAAAAACACCAGAGCAACCUGAAACCAGUAAGAGUGAGGCAAUACUGCAAGUGGUCAACUCAACAGGACUUGGUUCUCUCCGUAAAUGCCAAAGUGAGAACUCUCAACCAUUACUGUCUCUCUGUGAUUCCAACAUGGUGCCCUGCACCAAAGAGGUCUUGUCCCAGAUUGUGACCAUGUAUAGGUCAGAGGUGGCAGAUUUGGAAUGCACAUCAUCUGUUGCAGAGGGUUCCUCUUACAACUCCCUUGAAGUCUGUGGCUUUUUGGACAGUGUCAUGUCUUAUCUAGAAGACAUGCCUGUGUCUGGUUCUUCAUGGUUGGAAGGAUUAAGAGAUACUCCAGCCUCAGUCAUUGAGAAACUCUCCAGUGAGGAGUUCCAGAUGAACGCUACCAACGAAGUGCGAAAAAUACUGAUCAAAUCAGUCAGUAGCUUUCCCAGCAAAGUCAGUUCCAGCCAGACAGAUUCUCAGAUGUUGCCAGCAAAAUCAACAAUUUCCUUAAGGCAUACAGAUAUAACUGCUUUUGAAAUCGUUGGAUCAAUUAGAAAUGACAUGAAGAGCCUUUUCCCACCCACAGAGUCUUCUACUACUCUAUGGCAGGCAGACUCUAUGCUUCAACAGAGUGAUGAGAAAACCUCAGAGUACACUGAGGCCACACCCAAAGGCUCACAGUCUGGUUUGGAAGUAUCUGAGAAGAAGAUCUGGACAACUGCAAAGACUAUUUACCACAAUGUGAAGACAAAGAUGAGGAAUUAUUUUACAUGGCAAAAUCAAGUCAAAGCAACAACGGCUCAAGCCAAAAAGACCCUCAGCCAUAUUCUGGUUUCAAUUCAGAAAGAGCUGUCAAAAUCUGACCAAACGGUGACUGCGCUUUCACAAAUAGAGAAUGUGGUUGGAAUGAUGCUGAAGGAUGUUGAAAGGGUAAGCAGUGAAUGUGGUGAGGAACAGAUCUAUCAAGCGCCACAGCGUUCUUCCUCCUCGUUGUCAUCCUCAUCUGCCAGAUCAAAGAAGUCAGAGUGGGAAUUUUCACUCCCUGGCACUCCCAUCUCUUCUGAUUUACCAGAGAGUAUUACUCAGCCCAUUGUGAGAUGCUCAGUCAUCGACAUGGGCAAAUCUACUAAGCCAAAAACAUUGGUGUGUGAUGCCAGGGAAAGCAUGUCUGCAAUAGUGGAUACCAUCAUAAAGGAGGUACAUCCAGAGGAAGAAGGGGAGGUUGCAUUCCACCCUGAUCUAACAGCUGUAAUAGCAAGACUGGAGGAGCUCAUAUCUCAGGGUAGGAUUGGUGCUCUCUCACGUGAUCUUACUCACCAAGUCAACCGCAUCAUUUCUGAGAGCAACUUGACCCCUCUGGUUCUGACAGUGGCGGCUGGAAAGAGUGCAUCCGAUACAGUCCUUACUGAGCUGAAGAGGAAUGACAAGACGGUGGGGAAGCCCACAGCUUACAAGCUGGUUCAGCUUUUUGCAGAGGAGUCUGUGAAGCGCCUCUUGCUUCCUAGCCUUGUGCCCUCUACAGCUUCAAUGAGUUUGGCUCAGGGAGUUAGUGUGCCGGCUAGCGUAUCUGAAGAUAGGAUUUCAUGUUCUUUUUCUACAUCAGCAUUUAGUGACACAGUCAGCCUGUUUACCAAAGUAAUGGUAAGCCAGGUCAUGGACUCUGUGGUUUCUGAUGCACAAAGCAGAGGGUCAUCUCCAACCGGAACUGUAACUGAUAUAGGCAGUCUACUGAGUGGUAAGUCCUACCCUCUGCCAUCUUUCUCCGCCAUCAGCAUGACAACAAGUGGGACCUCCAAUGCUGCGGCCAACAUAGAUGCUGAGGAAAGGGAUACCAUCAGUUGUUUCGGUGUACCUCAGAGCAUUGUUUGUGAUCAGAAUUCAACCAGCCCGGAUGUUGCCUCGCUUUCAACCCCAUCCACUGACAACUUAGUCGGUGAUGAUGACUUCACCGGCCUCAUCAGCAUGUUAGUGGUGAGACUUCUGUCAAAAAUCCAAACCCAAACGGAUCUGUACCCAACUGACGUCACACGCACGUCACAAGACCUGAUUCCAAAAGUUAUAGCUGCCUUCUGUGCAUGGUCAGGCUGCUCUGAGACCCAAGCUUAUCCCAAGAACCUGAAGAGUCACAAAGUAUACAGCACCGUCUACAAACAUCUGUUGAAGGAGUUUGGCUCAGAGAAAAUACUCCAACUGGCCGUGUCGACUCAGGACUCCACAUUCAAUAGGAUUCUUGUGAAGUCAUUGAGCAAGGAGCUUCUCCACAGUUGUAACGAGGCAUCAAGAGCAGCCUCAAGAACAUCUUUCGAAGCCACCAGGCCAGAAGCUCUUCUCAUGGCUGAAGAUGUGAAGGCUACCAGAGGGAAGCUGUCUUUCCUACAAAGGCUUGCCAGACUGAAAUUCGACUUAAAGCCAUUCAUGAUGGGAAACAAGAAGGAUUCCAAGAAGAAUUCCCGCCAUUCUGUAUCUCAAGACCAGACUACUGCUGAAGAUAUCAUGUUGGCACAUCCUGCCACAUUUGGACUCCCAGAGGGUCUUCCCUCCACCUCUCAACAGGAGAAGCCUCGCAAACGUCCCCUUCUAAUCAGGAUGUUUUCCACCAUCUCCAUAGGCCUAUCCAAGCCAUUCAAACGCUUUUACCUUCGACAUCAACAAGCGACGCACGGGCUGGUCCUGCAGACUCCCACGCCCAUGGCCCAGGAGAAGGCUGGGGGCCACCUGCUCACUCACGUCCCAGCCAUCUCCUUUGAGACCAACUCUACUGUGGAGUGCACCUCCAAGAGGACUCUUGAAGAGAGGGACCGGGUGAAGGUUAAACUGGCCAACAUGGCCUUGAUGGGAAGGAUCAAAAAGUCUUGGCUGUGAAAUGCCAAUUAUGUGUGAUUAUCGAAUUUAUAAUUUUCCACUUUUGAAACAAUGGGAAAGACAGGGUUUAUAGCAAAGGUUGCUCAGAUUGGGCUUUUGGAAAAGGAUGGAGGAUGAAAGUGCACUCCUGAUUCAGAGAGAAAGAUCCAGCUUACUUUCAAUAACUCAAUAAAUGUAAGUGUUGGAACCAUACAUAGCUGGUAACUUGAGCUCGGCAGAGUAGUUUUGACCUGUGUCCAGAUGCAGUCAUUUAUGUUGUCUAAAUGCAAUUUGUCUCUUAUAACAAUGUUAUUUUUCUGAAUAAUGUAAUUUAAUUGACUGGUAGGUAGUCACUAACUAUUUGUAGCAUGUGUUCCUCUGUUUAUUGAUAUUUGCAUGGUGUGUAUGUGUUAAGCUGUUAAGUAAUUAAUGUUGAUAUUAUCCAAAGGGUUUUUAACUGAAAUGUUAAAUGUUGGAGUCUCGAUCUCAGACAUUUGCGCUCAUAUUUGUAAAUAGUAUUUAAAAAAUGGCAGAAUCAAACAGUAUUGGAAUAGUGACUUGUAUUUUGCAUCUAGAAGUGUAAGAAUUUUAGAAGACUGCUAUUUCAUCAGUCAAAUGUUGCACUGUUUGAUAAGACAGGGUAAAGAAAACCACCAUUUUAAUAAGUUUAGUUGUGAGUUUGACAUUUUACCACAAGAAGUCACUAUAAUACUAUACGUUAUCAAACAGGGUUGUGCUGAAAAUCAAAUGAACCACAGCCAAAUUAAUUAUUUGCAACUAAGAGUAAGAUUAAAAAAGACAUGUAUAACUUAUUUCUUGAUAAAAUACAUUCUAAAAUGUAAAUAUAUGUGAUUUCUGAG